ACCUCUUCAUCUCGGGUCGGCUGCCCCUGACUGGAUCCGAAAUGGGCACCAUCGAGAGACCAGUGCCGAUUGAGAAAGAAACAAACUGAGCUUAUCAAGUGAGCGGAGGCAAACAUCUGUGGGGGAAGCGACGCGCAAUCUCGAGAGAGACAAGCGAGGACCUGUGGAGGGGGACCUGAAUGAAAGGAGGCGAAACGAAAAGAUGAUGGGAUGGCCGUGACAACAUGAAAAAGAAAAAGUGUGGUGGUCUAUUUUCAUCCAGCCAGUGAUUCAAGACAACUAACCUGGGGGACAGGGACUGGAAGGAGAAGAGAAAGGUGCCUGGCCACAGCCGUGACCAUGGAGCCUCCCCCCUCUCUGAGCCUGGCUCUGCUAGGAGGGAGCGAGGAUGAGGACCAGCGCUUCCUCCUACCCCUGGGCAGCAUAACCCAUCCCUCCACCACUGCCAACCAGCCAGGAUCAAACCACUCCAACCACAUGGGAGGAUCAAGCCUCGACCGUCUAAAUGGCAGCACCCCUUUGCCAUCUCCCGCCACGCCCAGUUUACCUCCAACAUCGCUCCCCAAGAUGCCCCUGUCAUCCUCUGGAGCCCAGCCUCUGCCCCCACCCAUCCCCAACGCCCUGCACCCCACCAGCACCCCCUCCUCCUGCCUGGGCUCACAGCACAGCCUUAGUGGGGACAACUCGCCAGUCUACAACGCCCUCUUUUACUCCUCCCACUCUCCAUCCAUGGAGCGGGAAAGGGACAGAGAGGACAGGGACAGGGACAGGGAGCGAGACAGGGGGUGCAAACACAGACAGGCCAGCCCUUUGGUCCAUCGAAGGGACAACCCCUUCACAGAGAUCGCCAUGAGCUCCUGUAAGUACACAGGCGGGGUCAUGAAGCCCCUGAGCCGCCUCAGCGCCUCUCGCAGAAACCUCAUUGAAUCAGACAGCAGCAGCGAAACCAAAGAGGCUGGCGUUUCUGCUGUUGCAGGGGCAACAGCCGCUGGUGGGCAUGACCGACAGCGAGAAGCCCCUCCUACCUCCUUGUCAGUUCAGUCCUCUACCAAUCAACCCCUUAUCCAGACCCCGCCAGAAAUUGUGAUUUCAUCCAAAGAAGACUCGCCGUACCCCAGAGGGGGGUAUGACAUCACAGACUCCACGUCAAAUCAGAUGUCUAUCUACCAUCAGAACCAUGCGCUGGUGGAGAGCAGGCGGGCGCAGGGAGGGAGGGGCAGCAGGCAGGGAGGGGUUGGAGCUGUUGGUACUGGGGCCAGAGGCAGCACCUCCAAAGCCUCUAAACGGAAGAACCAAAACAUUGGCUAUAAACUGGGGCACCGCAGGGCGCUGUUUGAGAAGAGGAAGAGGCUGAGUGAUUACGCCCUCAUUGGGAUGUUUGGCAUCGUGGUCAUGGUGAUUGAGACGGAGCUGUCGUGGGGCGUGUACACAAAGUGGGCGUCAAACUGGGGGAGUGUGAUCGAAAGAGAGAAGAAGCGGCUGGGCGAGAUAUGA